AUGGCCUUAGAUGCUGCAAGUAAUGGCAACAACACUAGAGUUGCUGAUUUUGGAAGGAAGAAGCUAGCUCAAAACAUGGAUGGGGUUCAACUUGCCAACGUUAAGACCAAGCUCAAUUAUGUGCAUAACCUUCUUGUUGCCAAGAAGACUGUUAAGUUUGCUGCUGAGGAGGGCACCAUCAAUUUCACCAGAACCUACGGAAAUUCUUCUUACCAGUCACCUCCUCCUCCAUCUGCAGAUACUAAGAUGAAGUCAAUGCUAGAACAUAUUCUAGCAGGUCAGCAGAACAUGGCAGUGAAUUUCAACGGGAAGAUGGAUGCCUUAUAUACUGAUCUAAAUGGCAAGAUAGAAGCUUUGAGCACCUUGAGCAACGUUAAGGUUGCACAGACUACUGGAACUAUGGCUGCAGAACAAGCAAUGCGUUACCCACCGAGACUUUACGAAGAAGGGAUGUCUAGCCUCAAGAAUAAAAGCAUGUGUACCUAUUUUAGGAUGGCAGAUUUCCCUGGGAUACCAUUUGAAGCUGCAAAAAUAGUUUCUGAUGAUAAAGCCGUGAAGGCUUAUCCAUGGGGUCGGGUCGCAUUUGAGACUAUGGUUGAUAAUGUCAAGUGCUUGAAUCCUAGAGGUAGUUCGUACACCCUUGGUGGGCCGGUUUACGUGUUACAAGCUUGGGCAUAUGAUUCUAUCAAAUGCUUAGGAGAGCGAUUCGAGAAUUUAGUCGAGAAUGAAGAGAUCCCAUUGUUUCGAAGGCCUGGGACCCGUACACGUUCAGCAUUAGAUGUGGCCAUUGCUGAAGAUAUCAAAAAGUAUAGUGAGCUGCGUGUGAGUACAAUGGUGAUGAAGGGUGAUGUAAGUGAGCUUUUUCAUACGUGGCCAAAUCAGACAGAAGAAGACCCAGAACUUGUCAACUUGGUCAAUGACAUACAUGAAGAAAAACUUGUUAAAGGUUUUUGGGAUGUGAAAGCUGAUAGUGAAGAGGACGAUGCUGGUGGAAUGGCGUCACUUAAAUUACUCGUGGGUAUGGUUUCAGAAAUGAAAUCAAGUAUUGAGACCAUGAAAUCAAAGGUUGAGACCUUUGAUGAUAAGUUCACACGUGUUGAUGAAGAAUUCGUCAAUAUGAAAGGCCUAAUUUCCUUCGUUGCCAGAGGUGGAGGCCUAGCUGGUCUCAUGAGUGGAGGCAAAAACAUUCAGAAUGACGACAAAUUACCACUCAAAAGCAUCUCCAAUAUAAGAAUCAGGGAUGCUUUUGGGAAAAAAAAAGAACAGACACCUGAAAUUCAGAAGAAACCGUCAAGCCAAGACAACUCUGUUACUAGUCCCCCGUUACAGGAGAAAAAAAUUCAGGAAGAAGAAGAAGAAGAAGCAGUUCUGGACAGUAACAUUAAUCAGUGUAUCAAGAAUCUAAAUAAGGAUUUCGAUGAGGCCACUAAUAAGAAAGAUGAUCUUCUUGAUUUCAUUGAGAAAUCUCCCUCUCCUGCUAAUAAGAAAACGCGGCCUGUGACGCGGAAUUUAGAAGCACAGCAGAGGAAAGAUGCCGAGGCUCAAAAGAAGAAAGAGGAGCCAAAGAAGAGAGGUAGAAAGCCUAGAGCUGUUCAGCAGCUGAAACCAAGUGUCCCUUCUGAUCUGGUGGAAGAACUUGCUGAAGAUGUUGUAAAGAUUCCUCUUGUCAAAUUCAAACUCUCAAAGGUUGAGGUUGAGGACAAGAAAGGGGAAAGAAAAGGGGACAACAAGGGGGUUAAGAAAGGGGACAACAAAGUUUCUGACAGUGAAAUAGAGGAUAUCACUGACAAUAAUCCUUUCCAGAACUUCAACGUAUUACCUGAAUCUGAUGUUGAUGAAGAAGAAAAGAUUAGGAAUGAAAGGAUUAAAGACUUAAGGGAUACCCCAUAUGGCAAGGCGGUCCCUGAAGUUGAAUUCUACAAGAGAAUCAUCACUGAAAGAAAGGAUUGGCCAGAUUCGGACACUAAGUAUGGCUGGCUGUGGGACGAUCAUGUGGCUGCGUAUAUAAGACUCCUCAGGAAACGGUUCCUUGUUGACCCCUGUCCAUUCCACACCAAACGUAUUGCGUUUAUAGACCCGUGGUUUACUGCUUUACUCUUACAUGAGUAUACUACAACAUUCAAGGAAAGACCACAAAGGUUUAAAUUCGAUGGUGGACCCUAUGAGCUGGUUAUGAACGGGAAAAUGCCGCAAGAUCAGCCCACUGGUUUGAAGUGGAUAGAAGAUGUGGGCAAACUGUAUCUUGUUUUACAAACCGGAGGUGAUCACUGGAUUACGCUAGAAGCUGACCUGAGAAGGAGCCAUAUCGAUGUAUAUGACAGUAUUGUGGGACAGGUAACACCUGAAAGUGAAGCAAAAAUCAUGAACUCUGUUAAGCCGUUUGCGCAGAUGCUUCCGGCAAUGCUCAACGCUUUAGUCCCUGCUGAAAUCCGUCCACAUAGUAAGGCGAUGUUUUCCUUCAGAAGGAAGAGUAUAUCAAAGGUCCCUCAAAACCGUAAUCCCGGGGACUGUGGUGUGUACUCUCUCAAAUAUGUGGAAUGCUUAGCACUUGGUGUUAGUUUCGAUGGCCUCUGUGAUGAAAAUAUCUAA